GAAUUGAGAAUGAUGUACAUUACAAUAUAUCUGAAAUUGAAGCGAGAGACAUAGAAUAUGAUGCACCACGAUCACAAUGGCGUGAAGUUAUGUGUAGUUACAGACCAAUAAAUCUAUUCCAGAAGUUAGAUUUUUAUCUUGUAAUGGCAACGCUUCCUUUAAUAUUUGCGAUACAUGGCGGUAAUUCAGCUGGAGGAUUUAUACAUACGUGGUUUUCAGUAUUUUUAUGUUGUUUAUCAUCAGUAUUAAUUUGUUUUACACCGAUAAGUUGUUGUAUCGAAGUAAUGGUAGCGCUUGUUGUUGCUUUAAUUGCCUUGAUUGCUGUUUCAAAUGUAAUUGCUGUGAAAUUGGCUGUGGAUGCUUGCAUGACGCAUCCGUGUCCAUUACCUGCGUGUGCGUGGUUUGGUUGGAAUAUGCUGCUUAUGUUUGAAAAUUUGCCUGCUAUUUUUUUAUGUAUGUUUAUUUUGAAUGAUGAUGAAAAAGAUCCAAGGGGAUAUUCCCCAGAGCGUUCAGCUUUAGUAACUGCUAUGGGAGGUUGGUGGUUCAUUAUUUCAAGUGCUGUGGCUAUUGGAAAUACAUUUAUGUAUGUUCAAUGUGAAAAUGAUCCAUUGGGGCAAGCACCAACUAUUAGUCAUUAUUUUUCAUUCUGGUUUGGAGCUAUAUGGGACUUAAUGGAUAGUAUAAUUUAUUGUUUACUUAGUUAA